AUGCCGCCUAAGUUUGACCCCAAGAUCAAAGUCAUAUACCUAUGGUGCAUUGGUGGUGGGGAGGUCUGUAACACGUCUGUCCUGGUACGGAAGAUCAGGCCUCUGGAUCUGUCUCCAAAAAAGGCUGGUGAUGACAUUACCAAGGCAACUGGUGGUUUGAAGUUUCUGGGGAUUACAGUGAAACUGAACAUUCAGAACACACAGGCCCAGCUGGAAGUGGUACCUUCUACCUCUGCUCUGAUUAUCAGAGCCCCCACAAGGAACCACCUAGAGAUAGAAGCAAAACACAUUAAACACAGUGCAAAUGUCACUUUUGAUGAGCUUGUCAUUGCCUGA